AUGUGUGAAGCUGUUUGUUGUGGGGAGGACAAUGUCAGUUUUGCUGCUGCAGCAAGCACUGCCUGCAGCAGCAGCAGCAGCAGCAGCAGCAGCAGCAGCAUGAGCCUCAGCAGCAGCAAGUGCAGCACCAGCAGCACCCCGCGGGGCGCCUCCUCCGCUAGCCCCUUCUACCCGUACCUAGCGGACAGCAGCAGCAGCAGCAGCAGCAGCAGCAGCAGCAGCAGCAGCAGCAGCAGCAUGGGGGCCCCCUACUGCUUCUUUGCAGACACCCCAAUGCCCAGCCCCCGGGUGUCUGCAGCAGAACUGCAGCGGGAAGAAGAGAGACAGGAGGCCCUCUUUAACAGCAGCAGGCGGGGGCAGCAGCAGCAGCAGCAGCAGCAGCAGCAGCAGCAGCAGCAGCAGAAGGGAGCCGCAGCUGCAGCUUUUAGCCCACCCCCCAUGCCGCCCCUGCGGCUCCCCACAAACUGCAGCAGGCGGGCGGACAGCAUUGAAGGCUGCAUUGCGAAGCUGCUGCAGUGCGAGGCUUUAGCAGCAGCAGAAGUGCAGCAGCUUUGUCGAAAGUUAUCUGAAGUUCUUGUGCGGGAGCCAAACUGUUUGGCCGUGCAAACCCCCGUGACAGUCGCUGGGGACAUCCACGGCCAGUUUUACGACUUGUUGGAAUUGUUUAGAGUUGGUGAAUUAAAUAAAUAA